GUGAGGUAAAUGGGUACCCGGCAGGAAAUUCCUCGAAUGUUCGAGCGCCCAAUAUAGCCGUGCUAAGCCGGGGUAUGAUAAUAACAUUAUCAUGUUCAGCAGGGCCAGCUGGGUUAACAGUUUUCAGAACUGAAGUUGCUACCCUGGGUAAAAUAAGACGUUAUUAUUAUUAAAUUCUGUACAGUAAUAAUGUUGUCCUAAUUCUUUUAAGGCCUUCAAUUGGCGCACACCAGACGUACCUACACUGGAGGACAUAUCGCAAGUAGUUGACAAAGUGUCGACAUACAUCUCACGUUUCGCACCGCACGUUCAGUGGGGGAGUUCCCAGCGCAACACCUUUAGGACCUUACCUUCUGGACCGGUUGCUGGCAAACCUGUAAAGGUGUAUAGAACGAAAGUGGCGUCGUCUGAUAUCGUUCUACAACUUUUAUCCAAGUUGCCUAACCUCGAGGAACUCGUCAUACUUCCAGAGAAUUGGUCAUUUGAGGAUACGAAGACAGAAAGUUCUGCCAAAAUCUUCAUGAGAUUUUUGGAAUGGGCUUUCCUUACACCCUAAGCUAUCAAUCCUGGAAUUGAACAUUGAUGAGUUACCUCUUGACGGGAUGCAAGCGCUUACAAAUAUUAAGACAUUCCGUACGAUCGUUGAUGACAACCCGCAAGCCUUGGCAGACGUCUUCCCAUACUUACCAGAACUCGAAGAACUGAGUGUCACCGUUAAAAGAUCACUAGACAAUGUGUUAUCAGCACUUGCGCUUGGUGUGCCACUGAAUAGACGACACUUAAAACGUAUUAACAUCACUUACAUUGCUGGAAACCACCAUUGGAAGGGAACCGUUUCACUUAACACCAUUCGACAACUCACAAGCGGACUCAGGGCGAGUUGGGCCAUCCAGGAACUGCGUAUUCGGACUGUAGAAGACUGCUUAUUUGCCGAAUCUCAUUUGGUGAAACUGGUGAAGUCGGCGAAGUCCAUUCGAUCCUUGGAACAUUUAGGGAUUCCCUGCGCUGUCAAUGAUAAUGGUGACCUUGAUCGAUAUUUAGCUCCGAUUUGCAAAACUCAUCUCUUGUCAAAAAUGACCGAGGGUGAAAAGAAGAAAUUUUUCAUCAGACUGACUCUAUAUCCUAAGACGAAUUCCAGCUCUGAAGAGAAAACGUGUUUCUUGAGGCGUCACUAAUCUGAAAAGACGUCUCUUUGAAUCUAAUACCUUUUAACAGACGAGGAUGCAACCCUCAUCUGCCUCUCUCCAUCUACGUGGUCUGCCUUGCAAUGUAAAAAAAAAACUCCGGUGUUGAUUUAACACAGCCCGGAAUCUCUACAGGUCCACACCAAGAGAAGCAUUAAAACAACACCAGAUUUUCAGAGUCAAACCGAUGCUGUUUUGAUACUAUUUGGUGUUGUAUACACACCUCUGGUGUUACACCAAAUUGAAACUGGUGUUGUUUAACACUUCUCUGGUGUGGAAUAAGGGUAGUUUCCGGGCUGGUGUUAAAUCAACACCAGAGUUCUUUGCAGUAUGUAAAUGGACGUCAGUGUGCUUAAUUAGGCCUGUCUGAUCCUGUGAAACGGUGCCUGGUCAGAAUAGUCGACAGGGAGUGGAAAUGACGCACUUCACGUGUGGAACUGGGAAAGUGAUUACAAAGACCAUGAUAAUCAUAAAUACAUGUUAAAAGAACUAAUAACUCGGUCACAUUGCGCUCUACGGCGGCCGUACACAGCAAAAACUGUGGUGUUAAGCGGUGUACAUAGAGGACCACACCAGUUAUUUU